AACCAUUAAUUCGAUCGCCAAAACCUAACCCACCACAACCCUAAUCUUCUCCUUUAUCAUCACCACUCUCGGAUGCCUUUUGUUGACGCAAGCGAAGCCCCACAAGUACACAACGUCCCAAAAUACGAUACAAAUGAUGCAUAUAUGCCAAUUUUAUUCCUCCUUCAGCUUUUCCUUUAUUAAUAUUUUUGAGUUGAGGUGCUAGUAAAAUUGUUAGGCUACAAAAAUGCAUCCACGUCACUCUCUUCUACAUUGGUUUCACGCGCGUCCGACUACAAUAAAUAAGAAGGACAAACUAGACUUUAAUUACUUUUUCCAAAAUGGCUACUUUUGCAAAAGACCCAAUUAUAAUUCAUAAAACAAUCAAUUUGGAAAAAAAAAGUUGGAAGUGCUCGAAGUCGGAAGCGUGAUUUGGUCGAAAGAUUUGUUCUUUCUCCGACAAGAAUGUCCACAUCUGGGUUUAGUCUGUUCCUCGCUGUUCUACAUCUCAUGGGUUUCUUGUUUCCGUUGAGAGUUUCUGCAAUUAGGAAGGAUAUCGGAUUUUUGGAAGAGCGGAGUUGCAGAACAACUGUCCAAGGAAGAUACUUGAUCUCCGAUGAUGAAGGCAAUGUGUGUGAUGUUCUGUCAUUGGAAUCUCGAACCCGUUGUUGUCCAUGGAAAGGAGAAAGAUUCUCUUGUCAUGGAUGCAACCUCCUUUCACAAUGCUGCAACUCUUAUGAAUUUUGCGUUUCUUGCUGCUUGAACCCGUCUCGGACGCUUCUUGAGAAGGUGGUUAAGGUAAAAGUUGCAAAGCCGGCUACAGCAGGGACUUACAAGAGUGUAUUUGAUUUUUGUGCCGGGAGAUGCCGCCAUAAUUCUGAGAGUGUGGUUCAUGAAAAUGCUUACCACAGCGAGUUUCACCAUUGUUUUUCUCUGACAUCAAAUGCUUCAGGUGCUAAUCUUACACAAGUUGAAACAAGACUUCUUGGCAUUGACGUUAUUGUUGGAAGUCAAGGAGAUUCAUGCGAUGCAGUUUGCAAAUCACGUGGACAAUUGUGUGUGAUGAAUAAACUCUCACUUCUAAACCAAUGUGACGUUAUGAAAAGAUACAUGACCUGCAAAGGGUCGUGUUUAGCAAGUGCUGGGGCUGACCAACCUGCCGAAGUUGUCGAAGAUGCACCCAGAGAUUUGUAUCCAGGCGCAUGUUUGUAUACCCGGACACAAUCAAUGCUUUCAUGUGACGGUUCACACCAACACACCAGACGACUCUGCCCAUGUGCCUAGAAACUAAAUGAGAGAAAAAGCAUCUGUCUACAUCAAGUGUAACGUGUGUGGCCUACACUGAGAAUUAACUACAAGGCUACAGAGGCAGCAACGUAUUCAUUAGAUCUUUGUCACACAUUGCUCAUUAUAUGAGCUGCAGCUUUCUUGAACAGGGCCAAAAUCCCUACUUUGUAUUCAUCCAUAAUCUCUCUUCACCAAAUCAGCCAUGAGGACAACAACAACAACAACAACACAAGAGAAGGCCUCUAUGAACAACUGGGAAUUCGAAAUUGUUUCAGAUUUGAUCUGUCUAAAGAAUCACUACAUUAGUUUCAUGGUCUUAAGAUCUGCGCUGCUGAAUUUCACAUUGAUCAACCAAGAAAGAGUUUUGGUUUUUAUUCA